CAACUGCCGAUCGUCGAGCAUUCAGUCCGCAGCGUGAACUCAAGCGAGCCGAAACGAAACAUCGCCAGAUACAGAUACAUUUCGUCUGGCUAUAUAGCACUUGGUCAGUCGGCUCGUUCCCCACUUCGUUCUCUUUCGAUUCGUUUGUUUUGCGCGCGCAGCAAUUUGGCAAUUGCUUGAAUUAAAUUUCUAUUAUAAUAUCAUUCGAUCCCCGAAUCCGACUCCGACUUAUAGAUCCUGACGCGCUAGUGGAUCCCAAAAUCUUGUUAUCCUGCAGCCAUGUCGCGAUAGUAUGCCAUCCCAUCGACGCGAUCUUGUUCUGGUGAACUCUGACAUGUGGUGCUGCUGUUGCGCAGCUCUGGGACAACCUUCGCCACCGAAAAGCCAGCAAAACGAGCCACUGGUACUGCCGAAAAGAAAGCCAACCCAGAAUGCCAAAGGUGACCUGAUCUGACCAAGUUAAUGGUGCAGCUCGAAAGUGAAUGCAAUCGCGAUGUGUGUUUAAGUUUAAGCUCGAGCUUAACAUUGGCCAGCCACGAAAAUUCUGUGAUUCGGCAAAAAGAUUCAUCAUGAUAGUAGUAAAGUAGUUUAUCUUAGCUAAUCGCCGUCAUAAGCGUGAGUCUUUUUUAAAACCCACGAGCCGUAGUACGCUACUUUUUUUCCCCCCCAACUUUUCGGCGGGUGCGGUGCCCACGGCAACGGAACGAGACUGUCGCAUUUCAAUUAACAAAAUAAGCAAAAGAGCCAAAGAGCCGACACAAGUGUACGCAUAUACGUAGAUAUACAUAUAUAUAUAAAAACCCCUUAUAAACGCACAGUGGAUAGUGGUGCGAUUUCGCGGGAAUUUUUGCACGUGCCACACGAGAGAUUGGAAUCGCUAUAUCGCUGGCUAUCUGAUCCGGUCAUUAUGUCCAUGCCGGAAGCCGGUUCGCCCGAAACUGAAACCGCCGGCCAGGAGGCCGAGUGCCAUUGUCUUCUGGCCGGGCAGGUGGACCAGCCAAAGUCUCCCGCCUCCUAUGCCAGCACCACGCUGAGGUCCACCACUUCCGGUCACAGCAUCCGGACGAACAGCACCACCAUCUGUGAGUCCCCGGGGGCGGGAUCCUCCACAUCCUCCGAGGAGGAAGAUGACCUUGAGUGCUAUCUGCGGGGGACGGCGAUCGAUCUUGGGGAUGCCGGCCUGCGUUACUCCUUCAAAGGAUCACCUCCAGAGCUUUACUCGCCCCGAAAGGACUUCAUAUCAAAGGGACCGCUGCUGGACAAACAGCUCGUGCUGAAGAAGAAGUGUGAAUGGUGGUUCUACAGGUACGAGUGCAGCCAAAAGAUGUCCACCCACUGGAGGCAGCACGCCUGUCUGUAUGCCUGCGCCUUCGUCUUCCUGCUGGCCACAUCGGCCAUUUUCUAUUAUGGAAUGCUAAGUGCCCAUAAAACCCUAGAAGUGCUGCCCAAGAGCAACCACUCACUGCCCCUCGCCAAUGUGAUAAGCAUACCUCCAGAUCCACCUACAAAACUCGAAAAUUAUACUUUGGCGGAACCAAGCCCUCCGGAUGGCACCCAGGAUCUGGAGGAGGAGGAUCACGGCGCCUUCGUAACGCCCACCAAAGUCUACAACUACAGUCUCAGCGAAGGCGAUCUGAUCUACGAGUCGAAACGAAAUAGCGAUAUAAACAGUUUUCUUAAAGAAUCUGCCUCUGCCUUCACCAUGACGGGAACCUAUCGCAACAUGAGCAAUGAGAUUUGGGACCCACAUCCGCAGUACAACCUCGAAGUGUUUGGGCGCCAAUUGCAUUUGGUGCUGCGGCAGGACGCCUCAUUCAUCCACAACAAUUCGUUGCCCCGCUUCCGGGUGCUGAAGGAGGAGGAGGAGACCCCUGGAUCGGAAGAGGAGGCGGAUCAGCGACACCUGCGCUGCCUAUACAGCGGCUACGUCGAGGACGAUCCCAACUCGAUGGUCUCCGUCUCGCUCUGCGGCGGCAUGACUGGUUAUAUCAAAACCAGUUUCGGCGCGCUUCUCAUUCAGCCGGUGAACCGGACCAGCAGCGAUGAGGUUUUGCACUGGGUCUAUAGGAAAUCACACCGAAACGCCAGACAGGCUGUCUCCCAGUUCGACUUGGGCCUGGACGCUAUGAUAAGCCAGAUGGAGAAGGCUCAGAAGCUGGAGCAGGAGCAGAGUACCAAAUCCCCUAAGCUGACGCGACGAAAGCGACACUAUGCCGAUGUGGACAACCAGGUGUACACCCUGGAGGUUCUGAUAGCCGUAGAUUCCAGCAUGGAGCGAUUCCACGGACAGGACUUGCAGCCCUACAUCUUCAUCCUGAUGUCAAUCGUCUCCAGCAUUUUCGCAGAUGCCAGCAUCGGCAACUCGAUUCGUAUAUCUUUAGUAAAGCUGAUCAGCCUGCCCAUUAUCAACGCCAACACCAAUUCCAGUAACGAUAUGCUGAAGCACUUUUGCAAGUUCAUUAAUACUUAUGGCUACCGAAGGGAUACAGCCAUGCUGAUUACACGUGAACCCAUAUGUGGCAGCGUGCCGGGCAAGAUUUGCCACAUGCUGGGCCUGGCCGAACUGGGCACCGUUUGCAGUGCCAGUUCCUGCUCCAUUGUCCAGGACACCGGACUGCCCACCGCCUUCACCAUGGCCCAUGAGCUGGGACACAUCUUGAACAUGAACCACGACGACGACGACAAGUGUAUGCCCUAUGUGGCGAGGCACAACAACAACAAGGUGCUUCACAUCAUGUCCAGUGUGAUGGGCAUCCACAUGCAUCCGUGGUCGUGGUCGAAGUGCUCCCGCCACUUUGUCUCCGAGUUUCUCGAGAAAACCGACAAGUCCUGUUUGGAGACCUUUGUGGGCGAGGACAUUGACUAUGGCAACAAUAAGUUGCCAGGUGAGAUCUACUCGCUGGACCAGCAAUGCCAGCUGAGCUUCGGCAACGACUUCUCCCACUGCCCCCAGACCGAGGAGUGCCGCCGGCUGUGGUGCAACCGGAUGCCAAAGGGCGAUCAGUGCCGCUCAAGCAAUUUGCCCUGGGCCGAUGGAACGCCCUGCGGCAGUGGUGGUCACUGGUGUCAGAGGGGCAAGUGUGUGUCCAACAAACAUGGUUACGGACGACCGGUGAAUGGCGGUUGGGGUCCCUGGACAAAGUUCACCCCCUGUAGUCUCACCUGUGGUGGUGGAGUUCAGGAGUCGCGAAGGGAGUGCAACUUACCGGUGCCCGAGAAUGGUGGCAAGUACUGCACCGGAAGCCGGAAGAAGUACCGCUCCUGCAACACCCACCAGUGUCCGCAGGGAAGCAUGGAUCCCCGCGAGCAGCAGUGCUAUGCGAUGAACGGACGGAACCUUAACAUUCCGGGCGUCAACCCAGACACCAAAUGGGUGCCCAAAUACGAAAAGGAUGCCUGCAAACUCUUCUGCCGCAUGGACAUGAGGGUCACCUACUUCAUGCUGAAGAGUAUGGUCACCGAUGGCACCUCCUGCGCCGUGGACAGUUUCGACAAGUGCGUCAAUGGAAUUUGCCGGCCAGCGGGUUGCGACAACGAACUCAACUCCAUUGCCAAGUUGGACAAAUGCGGCGUGUGCGAGGGUCGCAAUGACACAUGCCAUGAGGUAACCGGCAACCUACUCGUCUCCAAUCUCCUGGGUCUAAAUGAUGGGAAUGAAGCCAACAAGACACUCUACUAUGUGACAAGAAUACCAAAAGGUGCCUCCAACAUUAUAAUCACUCAGGAAAACUAUCCUGACCAAAACUACAUAGUGCUGAGCGAUGACAAGGACAACAAACUUCUUAACGGUCAUGCUGGCAUCAAGACAUAUUCAUACAAGUUUGUCUAUGCUGGGGUUACGAUGCAGUAUACUGGCUCCAACAGCUUGGUGGAGCAGGUGAACACGACCUACUCAUGGAAAUUAUCACGUGAUCUUAUAGUUCAGAUCAUUUCCCUUGACGUGAGUCCGGCCAAACGUCCCGAUACCGUACUGAUGUCGUAUUCCUACACCAUUGACAAGACCCCGGAUCUCGAUGCGGAGGUGGAGAUCUAUCGCUGGGAAAUGCAGGCCCCCAGCAACUGCGAUUCGCUCUGCGAAGGAAGGAGCCAUCGGCAACCGGCCUGCAUUAGUAUUACCGAGGGCUUGAAGGUUGCCCCACAGUUCUGCGACAAGUCCUCCAUGCCAAAAGUCGAAGAUCGGCCCUGUAACACAGACUGCCGCCUUAAUCUCACGGUGACGAGCAUUUCAGAGUGCUCCGCCGCCUGUGGAGAAUUGGGAACCCGAGAGAAGACUUUCCAUUGCGUUCAGACAUUCACAGAUAUGCAGCGUUCGAAUAUUGUGGACAUGUCCUAUUGCAAACUGAAGUACGAUGUGGCCUACCACGAGGAGUGUCGUGAGGGUUGCUGGGUUCUAUCAGCUUGGUCAUUGUGCUCGAAGUCUUGUGGAACGGGUUCUCAGAAACGUGAAGCUCACUGCUAUCUGCAAGGUUCCCGCGUUAGCGACGAUCUUUGUAAUCCCCUAACCAAGCCCCAGGUUACUAAUCUCAUCAGGGUCUGCAACUCUGAGUCUUGCCCCACAUAUACCGAAUCACGUAAUCAGGUGGCCGUUAGUAACUGGGUAAUUGGAGAGUGGGGCGAGUGCAAUGACUGGUGUGAGAAGACUCGCUCUGUGAGUUGUUCACAUCCAUACGGAAUCGGCUGCGGAAGCAGGAGGCCCAAGGACGUCCGCAAAUGUUGCCACAUCAAGUACACCAGCGAUUGGACAGAGUGCUCGGUGCAAUGUGGCGAGGGUGUCAAGAGGAAGAAGCAGACCUGCACGCGGGUGUACAAACCAGAGGUUCCGGGUACUCGAAAGCGAAGAGUUUACAUAGACGAAUCCUUUUGCAUAAGCCGAAAGGUGCACCGUCCCAAACUGAGAACCACCACCAAGUCCUGCCGGAUCAACUGCAAGUGGAAUGCCUCUGACUGGCGAAGAUGUUCUGCGGACUGCUCGGAGGAGUACCAAACCAGGGAUGUGCGCUGUGAAACUUGGCAGGGUGAUGGAGUGGAGGACAGGCACUGCGAUGCAAAGAAGCGUCCUUCCAAGCGUCGCAUCUGCCACCACUGCGUGCGACGGCAGUCGAAGAUAGUCGUACCGUGCAACUGCGAGGGCGUUGAGAAGAGAAGGGAUAUGUGCUUCAACUCGCACAAGGGUCGCAUUCCCUGUCCCACCCGCACCAGGGUGGAGAGGCACAGGUGCAGUCCGCCAGCCCAUUGCCGCAGGAGGAGUGCCACCAGCAGCAUUAGCAGCAGACCCAGGAGUAGUAGUAACGAUAUAUUUAACAAUAACAGCGGAAGCAUAAAUGCCCUUAGCGACCAAAGGCAACAGGGAAGAGCAAGGAGCUGUGCCGAGCUGAGGGAUAUUUAUGGUUAUAACCAGGAUGGGAACUACCAACUGGAAGUGAGAUCGCGUACGGUGCACGUCUACUGUCACGGGAUGGGCAGCAGUAGACCCAUUGAGUACCUAAACGUGGAUCCGCAGGAGAACUACUCGAUUUUUUACGAGUACCGCACGAAGCAGACCACCAGUUGUCCACCGGAGUCGCGUGCCCACGAGUACUACAACGACCAGAACUCCGGACGGACGCACUUCAGCAAGCUGCGACUGAACAUCACCGAUCUGCGGAUCGUGGACAACGAUUUUCAAUUCGCCGAAACGAGGGGCUUACCCCAGAAGCUGGGAUCAGCUGGGGAUUGCUACAACCGCAUUGGCCAGUGUCCGCAGGGAGACUUCUCCAUCAACAUGAAGAACACGGAUUUUACUAUUCGCCCAGGAACCCUGUGGAAGACCCAUGGUCAAUACUCCGUCAUGAAGCGUAUCAGUGAGUUUGAUACCACAUCGGUGAUGCGGCGGGGAUUCUGCGGCGGAUACUGCGGCGGUUGCUACAUUGCUCCCAAUUCUGGCCUUUACCUGGACGUGUUAUGACGGAAGCCACUGAAUAGUCAGCGGGAAAGUUUGUUUGCCCUUCCCAACGGUAAUCGGGUCUACGUCCCGGGAAGGACCAAGGGUUAAGUUAAUCCGAGCAUCCAAGCAUUCGAGGGUUACCCCAGCCAAGCAUUACCAAGAGUCCAUUACCAAGAGUCCCCAAGGGUCCGACAGCCGAGUGCAGCGCCAUAACCACUGUCGAUGGUUAAAAGUAUUCUCGAAUAUUAGUUAGGAUAUACAAAUAUACCUUAGGAAUCGUGUAUACCUUAGGAAGCCCGAACAAAAGCAAAACGUUUGUACAUAUAAUUAUAAAUUUCUCUCCGAAAUUAUAAACUAGAUAUUGCCAUGUAAUGUAUUAAGUAUUGUAAAUACUAGAGGACUUGAGCCUUUAAUAUAGCAAAUAGGGAGUCAUGUCCAUAUAUAUAACCUAAUCAUUUUGGGAUUGGGGGAGUUGAGGUGAUCGGCGAAAUAAUGAUCACUUAAGAUAUGGACAGCUCCUGAGUUUGAUUGACCAAAAUACAAUCCAUAAGUCGGACGGUACCCGUUAGGUAAUUAAGGCCGCUCAGAUAACCCCGUAUUUAUGCCAACGAUAAGCAGUGAUGGAAAGUUCCAAGGUACUUGCUAACUUUACCUAGCUAAACUCAAGUGAUGCAUUUUUAAUGAUUAUUGCAUGAAUAAUAAAUCUACUAAAUCGGCAUAUUUUAAAGCCGUCUAAAAAAAUAUACAAGUACUAAGUUAACAUAUAUGUAAACUUUCCUUUUACCCUUACUCUCAUAUCUCCUUUACCUUGACCUAUCCAUAACUGAAGAUCCCCGAAUAUCAAGUGCUCGACCAAACUAGUGCAAUGCCGGUCUGUACAAUAAUUGUAUUAGCUAAGCUUCGCAAUUAAUAAGUUAAGAGAGAAAGGGAGAGAGACAAAUUCGGAGAAAUUGUAUGUGUAACUAAAACGAAUACUCAUAUUAUUUAGGAUACCCCGACCGCACAAGCCAAAACCAAACUAUUCAUCUAAUUAACACUGCUGAAGAAACAUUUUGAGUUCAUAAUCAACCACUGCCAGUCUUUCAAUGUUUAAUCCAUCAUAUAUCUAAUCGCCUAAGUCCCGGUACCAAGUAUCCUCGCUGUAUUUUCAUUUAACUAGCUAGGCUAAGGCUAAAAACCAUGUUAACAAUUAAUUUAAUGUCAAUUAAAGGAAUUUAAAGCUGUUACCAACCAAA